AUGUCUACUGCCGUGUCUCAAGAUGGAUUCGCAACAUUACGGCCGCGCGCCGUGCCGAUUCAACCAAACGGAAAGUCCCAUGUUGCUCUCCCCCUCCCAGUGGACAAGUUAGUCCACGACACAAGUGGCCGCUCUACCCCCGUCGCCGAAGAUGCACCCCCCGUCCGCGCAUUCCAUCUCAUCCGCGAGGAAGCAAGAUUCUUUACUCUCUUCUGGAUUGGCCUGGCCAUCAUGGUCGGGACCAGUAUUUUGCGCAAUAUCAAGGAUACCGGAUACCCCCUGCAAGUGCGUGUUUGGAGUCUCUUGACAGCCAAUGUAUGGGGGAUGGGACUCAGUGAUGCAGCCAUGGUGAUGAGCUCCGGACUCGUCCUACCUAUGCACCGGCUUUGGCGAAGUGGUCCACAAUGGCUGCGAUGGUCGCGCGGGGGUAUGAUUCUGCAGAGUCUGGCUGAAGCCUUUUGGUUGGUCCUGUGGAUCAACUGGCCCUUCAUGAUGCAAUGGACUUGGACUGCGCAGGUGUUCUUCACGCUGCACACCUUGACCAUUUUAAUGAAACUCCACUCAUACGCCUUCUACAAUGGCCAUCUUAGCGAGACCGAGAUCCGUCUUUCUUCCCUCGACAAACCGGACCACAAGUCCACCGAUUCCGCGGCUGCCAUUCAUUACCCGGAGAUACACAGACAUCGACCGUCACUGAAGCAGUCUAAUGAAGAUCAGUCUGUGGAGCCAUUGGAAAGGCUGCGCGAAGAUCUAGCCACGGAGUUGACCUCCCCACUAGGCAACAUAUCAUAUCCACAGAACCUCCACGUUGGAAACUACGUCGACUUCCUCUUUUGUCCGACCCUUUGUUAUGAGCUAGAGUAUCCACGACGUCAAGAGCGACGCUGGUCAGAAAUUGGCUGGAAGGCUGCUGCCGUCUUUGGUUGCAUUUUUCUGCUCACAUUAACUAGCGAGGAAUUCAUUGUUCCUGUAUUGUCAGAGGCCAGUUCCCAGCUUCGCGCCGUCUCCAACGUUACGGAUAAGGCCCUCGUCCUCGCCGAAACCAUCAGCAUGCUACUUUUUCCCUUCAUGAUCAUCUUCCUGCUCGUGUUCCUCGUCAUUUUUGAAUAUGUGCUGGGCGCGUUUGCAGAGCUAACCCGAUUCGCUGAUCGCCACUUCUAUUCAGACUGGUGGAAUUCAUGCGACUGGAUGGAAUUCUCUCGCGAAUGGAACGUACCUGUUCACCAUUUCCUUUUCCGCCACGUCUAUUUCCCCGCCCGGUCUAACUUUUCCCAACCUGUGGCCAUGGUGAUCACAUUUCUGGUCAGCUCUGUGUUCCAUGAGCUGGUCAUGAGUUGCAUCACCAAGAAGCUCCGGGGAUACGGCUUCCUCGCUAUGAUGCUACAGCUACCUAUUGUUGCGAUUCAGAAGUCUCGUUUCUUCCGGGGUCGCACAACCCUUAAUAACGCAUUCUUCUGGUUCUCAAUGAUCUUGGGACUAUCCAUGAUGUGUGCACUUUAUGUCCUGGUUUAA